AUGAGCACUUAUUCAAACAGCCCCAAGUCUUUUAAUGCAUAUCCACGGGGCGAUUUCGUUGAUCUAGAAUCGGCCACAUUGAAAAGGCCCCGCAAGUCCAAGAGUUCUUCCUCUCUUCACCCUUUGCGGAUGCUCAAAUCUUUAGGAAAUGGUUUCCAGUAUCACUACAAACUGCAUCCACUGCGGGUACUCUUCAUUUCCCUGUUGUUUGGGGUAUCAGUUCUCAUAAUUGUGUCUGUUUACCAGAGCCACCACAGAUCAAUGAGUUAUUACCAGCGUUUGGAUUUGGAACCGAAGGAGUAUCCAUAUGCCAAUCUGAAGAAUCUUGUGAUGGUUGCGGGACAUUCUAUUUAUACGAGUAGUAGUUGUGGUGAUGCUGAUAAGGAGGAUUCUUGGUUUUUGGAGCCUUACCAGAAGCAUCCAGGUCAAGCUGCUACAUUCCUGGCUCACAUACAAGAAGGGGUUGAGAAUGUGGCAAAGGAUAAACAAGCUUUGCUUUUGUUUAGUGGUGGUGAAACUAGGAAAAAUGCUGGUCCGAGGAGUGAGGCCCAGAGUUACUGGGCUGUUGCUGAAUCGAAAAAAUGGUUUGGUAAUGAAGACAGUGUGAAAUGGAGGACACUGACUGAAGAACAUGCAAGAGACAGCUUUGAAAACCUUCUCUUCAGUGUGUGCCGGUUCAGAGAGCUUACUGGAGCUUAUCCCCAAAAUAUAACGGUGGUUAGUUAUGACUUCAAGGAGGAAAGAUUUGCUCAACUGCAUCGUUCAUCAAUUCGGUUCCCAGAGUCAAAUUUCUUCUACUCUGGCACCCCAGCCUCACCGGCAGCAAAAGAAGCAGCUGCGAAAGGUGAGGCAUUAGUGAGGUAUCAGUUUCUAGAAGAUCCAUAUGGCUGUCGAGGCUCACUCUGGCGUAAGAAGCUCAGUCGUGAUCCAUUCCAUCGGUCCAUCCCAUAUCCGAACGGCUGCCCAGAAAUCAAUGGUCUGUUCAGAUACUGUGGACAAACUCUCUAUCCAGGUUCUCUUCCAUGGGAUUAA